CGCCGAUCACUGCCUUAUGGUAACUAGGUAUUAGAAGUGAAAUAAUCUACAAAUGUAUUGUAUGGAUGCGUUAGCGCAUGCGCGCAAUAAGUUCACUAGCCAUAUCCUUGCAAUUGAUCAUAAUAUUUAGUUUAAAGAGCUGUAGUGUCAUCUGUCAAACAAAAUGUGCAUUACGGAUUUAUGCUUCUGUAGCUGACAAAAGUAUGUUCUAAAAAUGAAUAAUCGCGGUCAUGUACAGCAGCCGUAUUAUAGUAAUUCUCUUGCAAUUCGUCAAGAAAUCCAAAGAUUUGAAAGUGUGCAUCCAAGCAUCUAUGCUAUUUACGAUCAUUUGGAACUUAUGCCUGAUCCUCUUCUUGCUCAACAAAUUCGAGAACACGUUGUUUGUAUUGAAGAUUCCUUUGUAAAUAGCCAGGAAUGGACUCUGAGUCGUUCAGUUCCAGACCUAAGGCUGGGCAUUGUGGGAAGCCUUUCAAGUGGAAAAUCUGCUUUAGUUCAUCGGUAUUUAACAGGUUCCUAUAUGCAGGAUGAAUCUCCUGAAGGUGGUAGGUUUAAGAAAGAAGUGGUUAUAGAAGGCCAAAGUUAUUUGCUGCUCAUUCGAGAUGAAGGUGGACCUCCAGAAAUACAGCAAACACACAAACCAAUUUUCCCUGGAAAACUGUAAAUGAAGGCAUCCCUGACCUUAGGCAUCUGUCCUCAUGUGCUUUGAAAGUUUCAAACAACAAGCAGACAAACCUUUCUCAAAUAGCAGUUUCUUGCUAUGUCCUGAUUCAGUUGUUUUAUUUUCAGAGAAAUGAAACAACGGAUGAAUUAAUAAAGCAAAAUUACUGAAUUUUUUUUCAAAUUAUUGCUUUAAUCUUCACUCAUAUGAAGAGCUUUCUAUCUUAAUGUUCUUGUAAUGAUCAUUAUGAUUCCUCCAUUCAAUUUCAGUUUAUUUCUGCUAAAACAAGUCAACAAUUGUAAAUGUGGAGAGGGAACCAGAAGAAAUUGCUCAGUUUUCUGUCUGAAAUAAAGAUUAUUAUUACAUCACUCGUUAACUUCAAAUUUGUAUGUUGUAGGAACA